GGAGCCAAGCGGCGUGGGGAGGCUGGGCUUCCGUUGAGAAGCGGCUGCGUCGAGCGCCCGCUUGUUCGGCUUUCGCGGUGGGGCUGCUUCUCGCUCGGCGGCGUUGUGGCUGAGGUGACGGGGAAGCGCUGCGAAGAGCAAGUUAACGUUCAUAUUAAAGGGUUCUUGUUUUGAACUGAGACCCCCCCCCCCCCCCCACUCCCUUGCCCUCCUCGUUCGGGCCGGGCGAGACUGCCGACCGGAGCAGCAAGAGAAAAGAAAGACCGAAAAAGAGUGAGAAAAUAAGGGAACACCGAAGGGAGUUUUAAAGAAAAGAAACAAUAAAGAAAGGACAGCCGCUGCUGAAGCAGAAAGUUCGUGUGUCAGUUAUUAAGCCCGAAAUGGCUUGUACGGCCGGUGUUUCCUUGGUUAAUUAGGUUGUUUUAGGGCAGUUGAUCAGGGAGAGAAAGUAGCAAGAGUUUUAAUCCAUUUUGCCUCGAAUAUGGUUGAGCGAUAAAGUUUGCUGCUGCCGGGUUCUUUCUUGCAUUCCCAUCAAAAGCAGUGAAUUCCUCCCUUCUCCCUCCAAAAAAAAUGUUACUGUUGGGAGACGAGCGCAGCUCCUUGCCCGCAUGAGGGGAUCGUCAAAGACACAUCGAGCUAAACACUACCAACACCAUCGAUGUUCCGAAGUGAGAGGGGCUGAGAGCUUCCGUGCUUUCUCGAUGCUAGAGAGGGCGCACCAUCCAAACUCUGAGCCGCACAUUUCCCUCUCUCUCUCUCCCCUCCGUUUUUCUGCCUCUGCCUUCUGCAAAAGAUGAAGCCCUGGGACCAAGAAUUGAAACUUUAAACAUUCACAGAAGCCCUUCGCUUGCUAUGUCUGCCUCAUUUUGAUGGUGGAAUUGGUUCUACUUUUUAAUCACAGGAGCUAAUUUUAAUUCGUUGCAGCAGAGUGCAGUACAUCAAAAAAUUAAGUUACAAUAAGAAAUGUAAAACAAUAGUGCAAGAAGAGAAAGAGUUGAGGUCAUAUUCUUGAGGCACUGUGGUCAUUGGUUAUUGCAUACUGUGCAAAUGUUUGAAGCAUUCAAAUGAGACCAGAAACUGAUCACCAGAACAGGAAGUUCCUUGGACAGAUAUGCUGAGAAUUUGAAGAUGUGAGAUGCGUGAAUCCAUGGAAGCAGUCGUCUCUUAGGAUCGUUUACCUGAUCAAAUUUAAAAUAAAACUGAGUAUGUGAGGGGAAAGUAGUCUGUCAACAUUGACUUUUUAUAAAGAAUCAUCAGUGUUAAUGAGUCUUUAAAGUUGAUGCAGACAGAACCAUGUGGCGAUUAUUUACAUUGAAGCUUGGUCGCUUAUACUGCUGCUUUAAGUUUCUCUUUGUGGUGAGUCUGUUGGUGUUCAUGUUAAUGAAUAGUCACACAUUAUUUGACUCCUUUCAGAAGAAUGAACUUGCGGAUCGUCGUUUUAUUAGCCUCAACAAAUGUCCAGCGUGCUUUGGUACUAGUUGGUGUCGUAAAUUUAUGAAUGGCCAAAUCACAUUUGAAACAUGGGGUCGUCUACGAAUUCUGGAUUUUUUGAAUGUGAAAAAUGUCUACUUCGCUCAGUAUGGGGAGCCAAGGGAAGGCGCAAGGCGUGUUGUUCUCAAACGCUUGGGUUCUAAUCAAGAACUGACAGAGAUGGAUCAAAAGAUCUGCAAACGGGCCACAGGGCGACCCCGUUGUGAUGUUACACAAGCUAUAUACAAGACUCAGUUUUCCCGUUUAAAUGGAGAAGUUCGGUUACUAACUCCAGAUAUUGUGGAAGGAUGGUCAGACUUGGUGCAUUGUCCGUCGCAAAGACUCCUAGACAGAAUUGUACGCAGGUAUGCUGAAACAAAGGAUUCUGGAAGCUUCUUGAUGAAGAAUUUGAAGGACUCUGAGCGGAUGCAGCUGCUUCUAACAUUGGCUUUUAACCCAGAGCCCCUAGUUCUUCAGAGUUUUCCAUCAGAUGAAGGAUGGCCUUUUGCAAAAUACCUUGGAGCCUGUGGGAGAAUGGUGGCUGUAAAUUAUGUAGGCAAUGAACUUUGGAGUUUCUACCAUGCACCUUGGGAAAAACGAGUAGACUUGGCCUGGCAGUUGCUGGAAAUUGCUGAGCAACUCACAAAUAAUGAUUUUGAAUUUGCGCUCUACCUCCUGGAUGUCAGCUUUGAUAACUUUGCUGUUGGAUCUCGGGAUGGAAAGGUCAUCAUCAUUGAUGCUGAAAACAUAAUUGUGGCAGACAAAAGGUUAAUCAAGCAAAAUAAGCCUCAGAAUUGGGAUGUCUGGUACGAGAGCAAGUUUGAUGAUUGUGGAAAAGAAGCCUGCCUAUCAUUUUCAAAGGAUAUUUUAUGUUCUCGUGUUACAGUUGACCAUAACUACUAUGCUAUCUGCCAGAAUCUGCUCUCCAGGUAUGCCAUCUGGCGUGGUACAUCCGGAGGGCUCUUGCAUAAUCCUCCUAUAGAAAUUGUCAGAGUUGGCCGACUGGAAGCCUUGCUUGAAGAAUGUGCCAACCCAAAGAAAGAAUAUGGUCGAUUCCAGGCAGCAAGGGAAUUGCGAGAUUACCUUGCAAAGCUGAAUAACAAUGUAAGGUAGCUCAAAUGGAAUCUAUUGUUUUUUUACAUCACUCUAGAUUUGAGACUGCAAUUAGUCAAAUGUGAGAGUGGUUCCUGUGUCGAAUGUAAAUUUACAUUGAAUGAAACUAUGAAGAUAUAACAGCACAAGGUAAUAAAUUGUGUUGGGAACUGAAUGGAUAUCUGCAAACCCAUGUGUGGGGUUGAUUAUCUGAUUAGAGCAUUGAGCUUUUAUUGACCUGCUCUCGGCCUGUAGCUGAAGAUCAGCAGGUCACUGGAGAUAAUAGACUCUGACAGAUUUAUUGAUUGCACAUGUGUCAAAGGGCAAUUGACAUAGCAUAACAUUACUGUCAAAAAUUGGGCGGUUGAUGCCUUUACUGAGGAAACCUUGCUUAAUUAAAAGCCUGUUUCAAGGCUUAAACCUACUGAUGUUGUCUUGCAUUUCUAUAUUUUGAAUAAAGAAACAUUUUAAAAGUUUAUUAAAAAUAACUUACAUGUGCUGCCAUUAAAAUGUGCAAGAUUUUGAUACACUUGCUCAUUCUACUUUGAAAGUAUAUGAACAUAUAUAUAACUUUUCAUCUGUAAACUGAAGCACUGAGGAAAAACAUGGAAUUGUGGUAUUCUGUCAAACCUUAGCCAUCUCUUCAUCACCAUUAAGCAAUAAUUUAAUGUUCUACAAAGUAUAGGGAGAGGAUCAAAAAUCACAUUAAUUUCAAGUAUAACAUGACACAACCUUCAGCAUGAAUUAGUGACCAGCGGUUAAUUUGUAGAAAUGAAAUUUAAAAUGAAAAGUAAGAUAAUUUAAGAACCUGUAGGGGGUACUUAAAACAGAACCAAGUUGACUUUUCUGUAAAUAAAAUAAAGCAAGUGUCUUUUCUACAGGAAGCAGGAAGACACAUAGUAUUUGUGCAUAAACCAAAGAGUAAGAGUUGUUACAAAAUUACCUUCAUCUAGAUAGAAGACACUUAUUUAUUGAAGGAAACAAAGCAGAAGCAAAACAAGGACAUCUUUCAAUAGCCGUUUGUAUUUGAAAAUUGCAUCUUUUAUCACUGGGGUGAAGUUAUUGGUCACAAGUUUACAUUUGCCAUGUGCUUAACUGGUUCUAUUUUUUACUGAUUUACUGGGCUGACACAGAUGACAGUUGCUUUCUGCUGUUUAUUACAUGUUAGUACAGUAUUGUAAUUUUGAAAGUUUAUGGUGAACAUUUUCUGUUUAACUAAGCUAUAUUAAUUCAUUUCCACUUUAUCAAAAAAAAAUGUUUAUGUGGAAUUGGGGUGGAAAAUCUGCUUUUGCUGCUGAUUAGCUGAAGUGCAGCAGUAACACCAUUGCCAGCUACUUUCAUGCUUGUGGUUCAAUCUGGAUAAAUGUUGAGCUGUUCCCCAUAAAGCAAUUUUGUGGCUUUUAUCUCCAUUUGAAAUCAUGCUGAUCCUUUUGAGUCUAAAACUAGCGUAAGUUAGCUUUGUUCUAAGGAAUUGAAUGCUGCAACAUCACAAAGUACAGUAGAAAGCAAUAGUGUUUUUUCAAACUUCUCAGACACUGAAGUCAUAAAAUGAUCCAUUUCAUGUACACAUGGACAGUAGUUUUUAUUCUGUACUCAUAACGUUAGUGAAGAUGAAGUUGACUAGUGAAAUUAUGAAUGGGAUUUGAAGGUUGUAAAAUGCUGACAAAUGCUAUCCUCACAUCUUUUCUAUGUUCUUAUUUAGUUUCCAUGUUUUUUUCAAAAUUGUCUGACUCACUGUGCCUUUCAUUCAAAAUUGUCUUUAUAACUUAAAGUGGAUUCAUAUAAUAAAACCUGUUACUUAUUA